CGGCGCCCACGGUGACUCCCGGACUGUGAUCUCCUAAGGUGGCAUUUCAGCGUUAGCAGCCGCAGGCCAUAGCCUAUGGGCAGGCCUUCCCGCCUUUUGAAGAAUGGCUUCUGCUUGGCAGAGACUGGGUCUUUAUGCCUCUCUUCUGAAAAAGCAAUUGGAUGGUGGGCCAGAUGUCAUCAGAUGGGGAAAGAGAGUGAUUCCAAGAUGUAGUAGAGGUAUUUACAGUGCCACAGGAAAGUGGACUAAGGAGUAUACGUUGCAGACAAGAAAAGAUGUAGAGAAAUGGUGGCAUCAACGAAUAAAAGAACAGACCUCCAAAAUUUUGGAAGCAGAUAAAUCAAAGCCCAAGUUUUACGUGCUUUCCAUGUUCCCAUACCCCUCUGGCAAGCUGCACAUGGGCCACGUGCGUGUGUACACCAUCAGCGACACCAUGGCUCGGUUCCACAAGAUGAGAGGGAUGCAGGUCAUCAACCCCAUGGGAUGGGACGCAUUUGGCCUGCCUGCCGAAAACGCCGCCAUUGAGAGGAAUCUACAUCCAGAAAGCUGGACACAAAGUAACAUUAAGCACAUGAGGAAACAGCUUGAUCGACUAGGACUGUGCUUCAGCUGGGAUAGGGAAAUAACUACGUGUUUACCAGAUUACUACAAAUGGACUCAGUAUCUCUUUAUUAAACUCUAUGAAGCUGGACUGGCCUAUCAAAAGGAGGCCUUGGUUAACUGGGACCCAGUGGAUCAAACAGUGCUUGCCAAUGAGCAGGUGGAUGAAAAUGGCUGUUCAUGGCGUUCUGGAGCAAAAGUGGAACAGAAGUACCUCAAACAGUGGUUUAUUAAGACAACUGCCUAUGCAAAGGCCAUGCAAGAUGCUCUGGCAGACCUUCCAGAAUGGUAUGGAAUAAAAGGCAUGCAGGCCCACUGGAUCGGGGACUGUGUGGGCUGCCAUCUGGACUUCACACUGAAGGUUGAUGGACAAGUCACAGGAGAAAAGCUGAGCGCCUACACGGCCACCCCGGAGGCCAUUUAUGGCACUUCCCACGUGGCCAUCUCUCCCAGCCACAGACUCUUACAUGGGCACAGCUCGCUGAAGGAAACUCUCCGGAAGGCACUGGUCCCUGGCCGAGAUUGCCGCACGCCCGUGAUGGCUGUGAACAUGCUCACCCAGCAGGAGAUCCCUGUGGUGGUCAUGGCUGAAGCUGACUUUGAAGGCUCUUUGGAUUCAAAAAUAGGAAUUCCCAGCACCAGCCCAGAGGAUGCCAUUUUAGCCCAAACCUUGGGCCUGUCCUACUCUGAAGUCAUUGAAACUUUGCCAGAUGGUACAGAGGCACUGAGAGACUCUGCUGAGUUCACAGGAAUGAACCGGCAGGAUGCCUUUCUGGCCCUGACUCAGAAGGCCCGGAGGAGCAGAGUGGGUGGAGACGUGACCAGUGAUAAGCUCAAGGACUGGCUGAUCUCACGGCAGCGGUACUGGGGCACGCCGAUCCCCAUGGUCCACUGCCCAGCCUGCGGCCCCGUGCCCGUGCCUCUGCCGGACCUGCCUGUCACCUUGCCCAGCAUCACCUCCUUCACCGGCAAGGGCGGCUCCCCGCUGGGCAUGGCUUCAGAAUGGGUGAACUGCUCCUGUCCCAGGUGCAAAGGAGAAGCCAAAAGAGAGACAGAUACAAUGGAUACCUUUGUGGAUUCUGCCUGGUACUACUUCAGAUACACCGACCCCCAGAAUACACAGAGCCCUUUCAGCGCAGCGCUGGCUGACUACUGGAUGCCUGUGGAUUUGUACAUCGGAGGGAAAGAGCACGCUGUCAUGCACUUGUUCUAUGCAAGGUUCUUGAGUCACUUUUGCCAUGAUCAAAAAAUGGUCAAACACAGGGAGCCUUUUCACAAGCUGCUGGCCCAGGGCCUUAUCAAGGGGCAGACAUUCCGCCUACCGUCUGGACAGUAUCUGCGGCGAGAGGAAGUCGACCUCACAGGUUCUGUUCCUGUUCAUGCAAAAACCAAAGAGAAGCUAGAGGUGACAUGGGAGAAGAUGAGCAAGUCCAGACACAACGGGGUGGACCCCGAGGAAGUGGUGGAGCAGUACGGCAUCGACACCCUCCGGCUCUACCUCCUUUUCGCUGCCCCUCCAGAGAAGGAUGUCUUGUGGGAUGUGAAAACUGACGCUCUCCCUGGGGUGCUGAGAUGGCAGCAGCGCCUGUGGGCCUUAACAACCCGAUUUAUUGAGGCCAGGACUUCCGGGAAGACACCCAGGCCUCAGUUGCUGAGUAAGCAGGAGAAAGCCGAGGCCAGGAAGCUCCAGGAGUAUAAGAACUCGGUCAUCAAUCAGGUGACUGCCCAUUUCACAGAGGAUUUCUCGUUGAAUUCUGUGAUUUCUCAGCUGAUGGGACUCAGCAGUGCCCUCUCGCAAGCCUCUCAGAGAGUGGUUCUCCACAGUGCCGAGUUUGAGGAUGCCUUGUGUGCCCUGAUGGUGAUGGCAGCUCCGAUGGCCCCUCACAUAACCUCGGAGCUCUGGGCAGGCCUGGCACUGGUGCCAAAGAAGCUCUGUGCCCACUAUGCCUGGGACACCAGUGUGCUGCUUCAAGCCUGGCCAGUCGUGGACCCGCAGUUUCAUCAACAGCCUGACGUCGUCCAGAUGGCCGUUCUGAUCAACAACAAAGCUUGUGGCCAAAUCCCAGUGCCCCAGCAAAUCGCCCAGGACCAGAACAAAGUGCACGAACUUGUUCUCCAAAGCGAGCUAGGCGUAAGGCUCUUGCAGGGCCGGAGCAUCAAGAAGGCCUUCCUCUCCCCCAGAACUGCGCUCAUCAACUUCCUGGUGCAGGAGUGACUGCAGGGAGGCUGAGGCCACCGCUGAGGCCUCCUCCCAGCCCCAGGAUGAGGGGAAGAAGCUGCUGGCCUGGGGGAAGGGACAGACAAGAAUCUUAAAUAUCCACCUUAAUUGCCAUGACAGCCUGGUGCCACUGGUGUGCUCGGCGUGUGGCAUGUGUAGGGUGAGGGUGGGGGCGGGCAUGGAGAAACAGGAACAAAGGGGAAGGAUGGCAAAAGCCCUCUGACCCCAUGUGAAGCCAUCUGCCGGGUGGAGCAGAACGGAGAAAAGACAAGCGCAGGAGAGUGACACAUGCCUCCCCAGCAGCCUGGGAGCUUCGGAACCCCGCAGAUGCAUCACCCUGGGCACACCCCAGGAAUGUGAGGCUCAGCUGAGGUGCCAUGUAUGACUCCUGCCGUGUGGUAAACCACUGUUGAACAAGGCAAGAUGCGUGAGCCCCCCUGUUCCAGAGGACUCAGAAGGAGUGGACACUGGGGGCUCCCGAAGUUGCUCUGAACCAAAAGGCAAGCUGUGCUAGUCCCGCCAGUGCCCCCACCCCCUUCACCACACUGCCGCACCGGACCCGGCUCCCAUCUGAUGACCCGCUGCUCCUCGGGGUGUGACACUUGCCGGUGGAGAAGGGACCGGGUUGGUCCAAUCUCGGAUGACCCACUCUCAGCAGCCCAACAAGGGGGUCUGUUCGUGUGGGCCCCACAUGGUGACGUCACCUAGAAGCAGCCCCCAGUUCACCUCAGAGGAGUGGCCUGUUGCCACUGCGGCCAGGAGGGGACCCGUGUUUCUGGGGGCAGCCCUAGUUUUUAUAGGAAAUCAGCAAGCAAGUGCUCUUACCAGAACUGGCCUGCGUCGCUGAUUAACAUUUAGUGGAGGAAGAAUCCAGCCACUUUGUGAUGUUCGAAAUCUUAUUUGUUCUCUGAUGCCAUUUUUUAUGUAGCCUCAGAUGCGGUCCCCUGCAGUUUAUCACUUGACAGAUGACCUUUUUUUUUUUUAUGAAUAA